AGUAUUUUUAACUAUUUUCUGCUAUUUUUAGCGGUUUUUGGUUUACUCUUCACAACACGUGCAUUGCUUUUUUGUUUAUGAUUGCCGCGUUAACGCUACCUUUAAUUUAUUGAAUAUUUGAAAGAAAGUCGCAUCAUGAAGUUUGGAUACAAAUUUUCGAAUUUGUUGGGCACAAUCUAUCGCAAUGGAAAUUUGGUCUUCACACCUGAUGGAAAUUCAGUUAUCAGUCCUGUGGGAAAUCGGAUAACCGUAUACGAUCUCAAGAACAACAAGUCUCGCACGUUGUCGUUGGAGUCUCGCUACAACUACACAAAUAUUGCCCUGUCUCCAGAUGGCAGCUUAAUGCUUGCAAUCAACGAGACGGGCGAUGCACAGCUGAUAAGCAUGGUGUCCUGCACCGUGAUCCACCGCCAUAAAUUCCAAACUGGAGUGCAAUGUGUUAGCUUCAGCCCAGAUGGCAGUUACUUUGCCGUGGCGAGAGAGAAUCUUGUUCUAAUAUUUAGUGCUCCUGGAGAAAUUACCGGCGAGUACAAUCCAUUUGUACUGAAACGCAGUUUCCUUGGCGGUUAUGACGAUGUCACGUGGUUGGAUUGGUCGUCCGAUUCGAAGUUGCUUGCCAUCGGUUGUCGCGAUAGCUCCACGAAGAUCUGUGCCAUUAAACACACGCGGAACUUUAGAACGUACAAUCUAAGUGGACACACGGAUGCAAUUGUCUCAUGUUUCUUCGAAUCGAAUAGUUUGCACAUCAACACGGUUAGUCGCAAUGGUCAGCUAUGCUUGUGGGAGUGUAGCAUGGCACUCUCUGACUUGGUGGAGGCCGAUGAAACAGAUGUUGCACCGCCACAACGCAAAAAGAAGGCGACUGCCAAGAAAAAUGGUUCAGAUGAGGAAAACGAGUCGGAGGAUGAUGUGGAUAACAAUGUUGAGCGACCGCAAGUGGAGACAAAUGGCACGGAAGAUGAUAAUGAAAUCAAGGAUGAGGAGAUCCGCAAGUCGCAUCCAUUCUUUUACAGUAAAUUGGGACGUCAUUAUUUGGCCAACGAGCCGCGCAAGGAGAAGCGUGAUGCAUUACUCACGGCUGCAAAUUAUAAUCGUCAAACCAAGGUAUUGGUUGUAGGCUUUAGCACUGGUGCUUUUUAUUUGUACGAGCUGCCCGAUGUCAAUAUGAUCCACUCACUAAGCAUCUCUGACUAUCCAAUUUCCGCGGCGCUCUUCAACUGCACUGGUGAUUGGGUGGCGCUGGCAUCCAAGGAAAUUGGUCAGCUGCUGGUUUGGGAAUGGCAGAGUGAGCAGUACAUUAUGAAGCAGCAAGGACACAGCAGUGAAAUGACUUGCAUUGCGUACUCUCCGGAUGGUCAGUACAUUGCCACCGGCGGUGAGGACUCCAAAGUGAAGCUGUGGAACACUCAAAGCAGUUUCUGCUUUGUGACGUUUAGUGAGCACACAAGUGGAGUGUCGGCAGUUACAUUCAGUCGCAACAAGAAAUUCCUGGUCAGCAGUUCAUUGGAUGGCACUGUACGUGCCUUCGAUAUUAUUAGAUAUCGUAAUUUCAGGACAUUCACAUCGCCCACUCCGGCACAAUUCGCUUGUGUAGCUGUGGACUAUUCUGGAGAAUUGGUUGUCGCAGGUGGACAAGAUGUGUUUGACAUUUAUCUGUGGUCCAUUAAGACGGGCAAAUUGCUUGAAGUCAUAAGUGGCCAUGAGGGUCCAGUUACUUCGGUAGCCUUUUCCCCUGUCCCAACGUCAUCUACGCUCAUUUCUGGAUCAUGGGACAAAACGGUAAAGAUUUGGAAUUGCCUGGAAAGUAAUAGUGAGCAUGAGACAAUCGAUGCCCUUUCUGAUGUGACUUCUGUAACAUUUAGUCCGAGUGGAGAAGAGGUCGCAGUGUCUACGCUUUCAGGCACCAUAACCGUCUUCGAUGUGAAAUCGGCAACGCAAGUGACCACAAUUGAGGGUCGUGAUGAUUUGGGAGGCGGUCGCUUGGAGACUGAUGUUGUGACUGCCAAGACGAAUACGCAAUCAAACUAUUUCUCGACGAUAGAGUAUUCGGCGGACGGUGAAUGCCUUUUGGCAGCGGGCAAAUCAGCAAACAUUUGCAUCUACCAUGUUCGUGAAGCGAUCCUGCUAAAGAAGUUCCAGAUAACACAGAACUUCAGUCUCGACGGUCUAAAUGACUUUAUCAGCCGCAAGCAUCUGAGCGAAUUUGGCAACAUGGCAUUGGUGGAGGAACGUGAGCAGCUGGAGGGAGGCAAUGUGGCUAUACGCUUGCCGGGCGUACGUAAGGGAGACAUGUCCGCUCGACGCUUUCAGCCCGAGGUGAGAGUGUUUUCUGUCCGCUUUUCACCCACUGGUCAGGCAUUUGCUGCAGCUGGCACCGAAGGCCUUUGCAUCUAUGCACUCGAUAAGGGCGUUGUCUUCGAUCCGUUCGAUUUGUCACUGGAAGUGACACCGAAGGCGGUGCAUGAGUCACUAAAGAGGCUGGAGUAUACAAAGGCCCUUGUGAUGUCCCUGAAACUAAACGAAUCCAAUUUGGUGACCUUAGUGCUGGAGCGUGUGCCAUAUAGGGACAUUGAAUUGCUCUGCGCGGAUCUCUCGCCUGACUUUGCUCAGCGAUUGCUGCAACAUCUUUCCCGCCUGCUGCAGUCGUCGCCCCACAUCGAGUUCUACUUGCAGUGGUGCUGUUGCCUGUUGACUAAACAUGGCUAUCAUGAUGGAGUCUUUCAUCAGACAGCUUUACUGGGAUUACACGAAAGUAUAUCGAACAAAUAUGAGAUGCUGAAUAAGAUUUGUGACUUUAACAAAUACACGAUGCGCGUGUUGUUGGACAGAUCAGAGAAACUCAAGGAGUUGAAGCAAUCAAAGGGCGAGAACGAUGAUGCAGAAGAUGGUGACAGUGAUGAUGAGAUGCUGUUGAUCAGGAAUCAGGAUGAUAAGAUUUUAGAGCGCGAGUUUGAAGACGAUGAAGAGAGCGAGGAAGACAGCGAAGAAAAUGCUGAGGAAAGUGACGAAUCAUCAUAGUUCGUUGUCUUGUUAAUCAGCACUUACAUGUAAAUAAAUAUAAUUGUUAAGCAGAAUUGUUAUUAUAUUCCUAAUCAUAG